GCCAUUUACUUGUUCAAUUAUGACAUCCUCCGCUUCUCUCUCUAUAAAUCCCACGCCCUCCUCUUACCUGCCCUUCUUCAUCGAGCUCUUGUACCCUAUUGAAUUUUCGAAUUACUCCCGUAUUUUCAAGUGUUUGUUGCUUAAGAGGGAAACCCAUUAGCGUUAGCUUGAGUGUUGGAGAAUCUAAUUUGUGUGAAUUGAGGAGACCCAGAAAUAGUGAAAGGAAGCUUGUUGUUCGGGCAAGCAAGAUGACCAUUGCCGAGUUGAGGGAAGAGGAGGAAGAGUGCCCUCUCUUGAUCGAGAACGAGAUAGUUUCCAGGCCUAGGCGUAUUGCUCUUUUCGUUGAGCCUUCUCCAUUUUCCUAUGUGUCAGGCUAUAAAAACAGGUUCCAAAAUUUCAUCAGAUAUUUACGCGAAAUGGGAGACGAGGUAAUGGUUGUUACAACACAUGAAGGAGUGCCACAGGAAUUUUAUGGAGCAAAAAUUAUUGGAUCCCGCAGCUUUCCUUGCCCUUGGUAUCAGAAGGUCCCUCUUUCUCUAGCUCUUAGUCCUAGAAUAAUUUCAGAGGUUUCACGGUUUAAGCCAGAUAUAAUACAUGCAUCAUCACCUGGGAUAAUGGUUUUUGGCGCUCUUGCCAUUGCAAAACUAUUAUGUGUUCCCAUAGUGAUGUCUUAUCACACUCACGUGCCAGUAUACAUACCAAGAUACACAUUUAGUUGGCUAGUAAAACCCAUGUGGUUGGUUAUAAAGUUUCUGCACCGAGCUGCAGAUCUUACUCUUGUGCCGUCAGCUGCCAUUGGGCGGGAUCUUGAAGCUGCAAGGGUGACAGCUGCUAGUAAGAUUCGCCUUUGGAACAAGGGUGUUGACUCUGAAAGCUUCCAUCCUCGCUACCGCUCUCAUGAAAUGCGAUUGAGACUAAGUAAUGGGGAACCAGAUAGACCAUUGAUAGUCCAUGUUGGACGUCUCGGAGCAGAGAAGAGCUUGGAUUUCCUUAAAAGUGUCAUGGAUAGGCUUCCCGAUGCAAGAAUUGCUUUUGUAGGAGAUGGGCCAUAUAGGGGAGAGUUAGAAAAAAUGUUUUCGGGGAUGCCGGCUGUGUUUACUGGGAUGUUACAUGGGGAAGAGCUAUCUCAGGCAUACGCGAGUGGGGAUGUUUUUGUGAUGCCAUCAGAAUCUGAAACACUUGGUCUUGUAGUUUUGGAGGCCAUGUCUUCAGGAAUUUCUGUAGUGGCAGCUCGUGCUGGCGGAAUAGUUGAUAUAAUUCCUCCAGAUCAGGAAGGCAAAACUGGCUUCUGCUUUAGUCCUGGAGAUGUGGAUGACUGCAUGGCCAAAUUGAAGCUUCUGUUGGAUGAUUGUGACGUAAGAGAAACCAUAGGCAAGGCUGCUCGGGCAGAGAUGGAGAAGUACGACUGGAAAGCAGCCACCAAAAAAAUACGCAACGAACAAUAUAACGCAGCCAUUUGGUUCUGGCGCAAGGAGAGAGCUCAGCUAUUGAGACCUCUUCAAUGGCUGGCAAAACGUCUCUUCCCAUCUGCAGAAGUUAUACUUACAGCUGAUGAAAACAUAUAACCAUCUAAAGAUUUGGUAAGGCGUAGCCAGGGUUGUAAACUUCAGUAAAACCUGCACUGGAUGUUUCAUGUUUGUAUGGUUGAUUGCUUGGGAUAAUGUCCAAUUGUUGUAUACAGUGGAGCAAAGGAUGGUCUGAUGUUCUGUAAUUUAUCAUGAAAUGCAACUAUUUGGAUGACGCAAGAGAGAGAGUUUCAACCUUCAAGAAAUAAAUUGGAUUCUGUUUCUUCUGGA